UUGAGGUGGGGAAGCUCCUCCUUUAAUCUCCAUGGACUCAAAGAGGAGGAAACAAGAUGAGGGAGAGUGUGAUCACGUGAGCAAGAGACACCAAGGGGAAAAGGAGGAUGAGGGAAGGAGGUCAGAACAGGUCCUGUAUCUAGUAAAGAACAAGCUAACAGCAAAACAUUGCAAUCAUUUGAAAUCCUUAGCUUCUAAAAAUGGAAUUUCAGUCACCGAAACUUUCAAUAACAACGUUACCCAUAUUGUCACUGUCCUUCCUAGCCUUGAGCGUGUCAAGGAAGUUCUUGGAAAGUCAGACUUUGGGAGUACAGACGUAGUGACUUUAGACUGGCUGACGGCCUGUUUCAUUGAGGGUAGAUAUGUCCAGGUUACUGAUCAGUAUCGGCUCAAGGAGGUCAGGACUGAAGCAGUUCAAACUAGUGAGAAAAAAGAAUCAGCUGCUAAUGUUGCAGAAAUUACAGCAUAUGAAUGUCAGAGACCAACACUGCUGAAGCACCACAACCCACACAUCACUGAAGCAUUGGAGCUUUUAGAGAAGUAUUACCAGUUCCUUGAUCACAAGCAAGGUGACACUAGGGCAUUAGCUUUCAGACAAGCAUCUUGUACCAUUAAGGCAUUACCAAAAAGAGUCACCAGGGUGGAGGAGGUUCGUAAUUUGCAUAGAAUUGGGAAACACUCCAUUAGUGUGAUUGAAGAUAUUGUAUUGCAUGGGACCUCAGAAGAAGUUGAAGACAUUCGUCAGAGUGACUGGUUCAAGUGCAUGGAGUUAUUUACUUCAGUGUAUGGGUGUGGCCCUGCAACUGCUGAUAAAUGGUAUAAGAAAGGUUUCAGGACUAUAGACGAAAUAAAAACCUCUGAGACAUUAGAGUUAAGAGAGUUACAAAAAUUAGGAUUAUUAUAUUACGAGGAUCUGUCCAAAUCAAUACCAAGAGAUGAAGUUGAGGUUAUAAUAGAAAUAAUAAAGAAAGAGGUUAGUGAAUGCUGUCCUGAGACUCAAGUUGAAGCAGUUGGCGGAUACAGGCGUGGUAAAUCACACAGUCAUGAUGUUGAUCUGCUACUUACACACAAGGACUCAUCAAUCACAGCUACUCUACUUGAAUCUGUUGUCAGCCAUCUUAAAGCAAAGGACAUGAUAAUACAUGCAAGUGUGUACGUGGGUCAGAAUACCCUCUCUCGUGUGAGCGAAACACACGAUAGCUCAGCUCAACCAACUUACACUAGUGAAGGACAGCAAAUCAAGAGAGUUCAGUUUGAUCAUUUAGAUAAAGCAUUUUGUAUCAUGAAACUAACAAGGUCUCAUGACAAGACUCCAUUAAUAAGACGAGUUGAUCUCAUUGUCACUCCACCUGAUCAGUAUCCCUUUUCUCUUGUCAGCUGGACUGGCUCAAAACAAUUUAAUCGAUCUUUAAGAAGAUAUUCUGUGAAGGAGUGCUCAAAAACAGUCACUGCUCAUGGUAUUUUUGAUAUAAUUGAGAGAAAAUUUUCAACGGCAAAGACAGAAAGAGACAUAUUUGACAUUUUAAAAUUAAAUUAUUUAGAGCCUUGGGAGAGAAACUGCUGACCUUUCAAGAAUGUCAGCAGCUAUAACUCCCUUUUAUCUAUAAUAUAUACACUCUAAUGACUCUAUAUAAAAAAUUGUUUGAACAAUUCA